CAAUAAGUCUCAAGAGCUCAAUGGAGUUAGUUAACACUUAUUUUCUUCAGAGCACGGUGUAUGCACCGAACAGCUCGUUACCCGUGCUUCACUACAGAAAUGUACUUCCAUAUCCCGCAACAGAAGAGAAUGUGACAUCUUUUCUUACUGCACAUAAGUGGGAGAAACGGGGUACUUGGGGUCAUAUUCCAACCCGACACUUUCAUCCAAACAGUCAUGAAUGCUAUGGCAUAUUUCGAGGCUCAUCAACUAUCGUUCUUGGCGUAGGAGGAGGCGAUGAGUCAGGCGGGCUUCGAGUACGGGUUCAAGCAGGUGAUGUGAUAGUCCUUCCUGCUGGGACGGCGCAUAGUAUGGCCGAUAGUACAGAAGAUUAUAGAUAUAUUGGCGUCUACCCAGAGGGUUGUCCUCGGUGGCGGAACGAGUUGGGUGAGAAGCCCAUUAGUUUGGCCGAUUUAAGAAAGGAGAUUCAAUCAGUUGGUUUUCCAAAACAGGAUCCUGUAUUUGGAACCCACGGACCAAUGAUGAGGCUAUGGGAUUUGGAUGUAAAAUCGCGACUUUAAGGUCCCAAGUUUAAAACUAAACAACAUCAAUUGAAAUAUAAGAAAUUACAAGCCUAGCUAUAUACAAAGCC